CCACUGGCGUGAGGCCCGUGCUGUCACCUGCAGGGUGAGGAAGCCCUAUUUCAUCACCGGGACUGUCCCCCGGCUCCUCCAGUCUCUCCCGGGCGGAUCGGUGGGCUGGUGGAACCCUGGCCUGCGUGGACACCCCCUAGGCGCCGGCUGCCGUCCCCUGGGGUUCAGGACGCCCCCAUGCCCCGAGCCCCGCUCUGCGACAGCCUCUGUCGCCUCUCAGCCUACCUGGAAGAGCUGGAGGCUGCGGAGCUGAAGAAGUUCAAGCUGUUCCUGAGCGCGGCGCCCGAGGCCGGGGCGGGCGGCUUCCCCCGGGGGCGGCUGGAGGCCGCGGGGCCGCUGGACACGGCGCAGCUGCUCGUGGCGCGCUGCGGGCCGGCCGCGGCCUGGCCGCUGGCGCUGCGCCUCUUCCAGCGCAUCCACCGGCGCGACCUGUGGGAGCGAGGACAGGCAGAGGGCCCGGCGACGGAUGCUCCACCUGAUGGCCCAUCCUCACUGGGGAGCCAGUCAGCAUGUUCUCUGGAAGUCUUUCCUGGAACUCCAAGGAAAGAUCCCCGGGAAACCUACAGGGACCACGUCCGCAGGAAGUUCCGGCUGAUGGAAGACAGAAAUGCGCGCCUCGGGGAAUGCGUCAACCUCAGCCGCAGGUACACGCGCCUCCUGCUGGUGAAGGAGCACUCAACUCCCACGUGGGCGCAGCGGAAGCUGUUGGACACCGGCGGGGGACAGUCGAGAGCCGUGGGCCCCCAGGCCAGCUUCAUCCAGAUGGAGACCCUCUUCGAGCCGGACGAGGAGCGCCCCGAGCCGCCGCGCACCGUGGUGCUGCAGGGCGCGGCCGGGAUGGGCAAGUCCAUGCUGGCGCGCAAGGUGAUGCUCGACUGGGCCGACGGGAAGCUCUUCCAAGACAGGUUUGAUUACGUCUUCUACAUCAACUGCAGGGAGAUGAACCGGGGCUCCGCGGAGCAGAGCGCCCGGGACCUCAUCUCCAGCUGCUGGCCGGAGCCCAGCGCGCCCCUCCGGGAGCUUGUCCGAGUCCCCGAGCGCCUUCUGUUCAUCAUUGACGGCUUCGAUGAGCUGAGACCCUCUUUCCACGACCCUCAGGGACCCUGGUGUCUCCGCUGGGAGGACAGAGGGCCCACGGAGCUGCUCCUCAGCAGCCUGCUCCAGAAGAAGCUGCUGCCCGAGCUGUCCAUGAUCAUCACCACCCGGCCCACGGCUCUGGAGAAGCUGCAGCGCUUGCUGGAGCACCCCAGGCACGUGGAGAUCCUGGGCUUCUCGGAGGCGGAGAGGCAGGAGUACUGCUACAAGUACUUCCACGACGCGGAGCAGGCCGGUCAGGUCUUCAACUUCGUGAGGGACAAUGAGCCGCUGUUCACUCUGUGCUUCGUCCCCAUGGUGUGCUGGGUUGUGUGCACCUGCCUCAAGCAGCAGCUGGACGACGGGGGGCUCCUACCACAGACCUCCAGGACCACCACGGCAGUGUACACGCUCUACCUCCUGAGCCUGAUGCAGCCCAAGCCGGGCAGCCCCACCCCGGGCCCCCCACCCAACCAGAGGGGGCUGUGCUCCCUGGCGGCCGACGGCCUCUGGAAUCAGAAGAUCCUGUUUGAGGAGCGGGACCUCCGGAAGCAUGGGCUCGAUGGGGCAGAUGUCUCCUCCUUCCUCAACAUGAACAUCUUCCAGAAGGACAUCAACUGUGAAAAGUUCUACAGCUUCAUCCACCUGAGCUUCCAGGAGUUCUUCGCCGCCAUGUACUACAUCCUGGACGCCGGGGAGGGCGGCUCCAGCCCGGAGCCCAGCGUGGCCAGGCUGCUGGCCGAGUACGGGUUUUCGGAAAGGAGCUUCCUGGGGCUCACCGUCCGCUUCCUGUUUGGCCUCCUGAACGAGGAGACGAGGGGCUCCUUGGAGAAGACGCUGUGCUGGAAGGUCUCGCCUCACGUCAAGCUGGAGGUGCUGGACUGGAUCCAAAGCAAAGCUCAGAGCGAGGCCUCCACCCUGCAGCAGGGCUCCCUGGAGCUCCUCAGCUGCCUGUACGAGGUCCAGGAGGAGGACUUCAUCCAGCAAGCCCUGAGCCACUUCCGAGUGCUCGUGGUCAGCAACAUCGCCACCAGGAUGGAGCACACCAUUGCCUCCCUGUGCGUGAAGAACUGCAGGAACGCCCUGGCCGUGCACCUGCACGGGGCCGCCUACAGCACGGACGGGCACCACGCGGGGACACAGGCUUCCGGGCCCCAGGCGCCGCCCGCACCGUCGCCCGAGACGAGCGAGAGCGAGCUGCCCGAGGCCUACAGCCGACAGCUGGCCGCCGCGCUGAGCGCCAACCCGCGCCUGCAGGAGCUGGCGCUGUGCCGCGCCGCCCUGGGCGGCCGCGGGGUGCGGCUGCUGUGCGGGGGGCUCCGACACCCCGGCUGCAGACUUCGGAGCCUGCGGCUCCGGAGGUGCCGCGUGGCGCCCGCCGCCUGCCGGGACCUCGCGGCCGCGCUGACGGCCAGUCCGCACCUGACGAGGAUGGACCUGAGCGGCAACGGGCUGGGGCUGCCGGGCGUGAGCGCGCUGUGUCCGGGGCUCGCGCACCCCGCGUGCAGGCUGCAGGCCCUCCGGUUGAGAAAGUGUCAGCUGGAGGCCAGCGCUUGCCAGGAGAUCGCCUCUGUGCUCAGCACCAGUCGGCAUCUCGUAGAGUUGGACCUGGCGGGGAAUCCGCUGGAGGAUUUGGGGCUGAGGUUCUUAUGUCAAGGCUUGAGGCACCCAGUGUGUAGACUGAGGAUCCUCUGGCUGAAGAUUUGCCACCUCACUGCCGCUGCCUGUGAGGACCUUGCCUCCGUCCUCAGUGUGAACCAGAGCCUGAUGGAGCUGGACCUAAGCCUGAAUGACCUGGGGGACCCCGGGGUGCUGCUGCUGUGUGACGGCCUCAGGCAUCCCCAGUGUAGACUCCUGACCCUCCGGUUGGGCAUUUGCAGGCUGGGCUCGGCCGCCUGUGAGGGUCUCGGCGCUGUGCUCCAGGUCAACCCCCACCUUCAGGAGCUGGAUCUGAGUUUCAAUGACCUGGGGGACGGGGGCAUGUGGCCGCUGUGCGAGGGGCUGGGACACCCCACCUGCAGACUGCAGAAACUGUGGCUGGAUAGCUGUGGCCUCACGGCCAAAGCCUGUGAGGACCUUGCUUCCGCCCUGGGCGUCAGCCAGACCCUGACGGAGCUGUAUCUGACCAACAACGCCCUGGGGAACUCGGGGGUCAGGCUGCUGUGCAAAGGGCUGAGUCCUCCUGGCUGCAAACUUCGCGUCCUCUGGUUAUUUGGAAUGGACUUGAAUAAGACGACCCACAGAAGGCUGGACGCGCUUCGGGGAACAAAGCCUCACCUGGACAUUGGCUGCUGAUGGAUCUAGGCCUCCUCUUGAAGUCAGGACAGAGGAAGACCAUCCCAGGAACCUGCUGCUGGGCGGUCAUGAGCAGGCUCCAUGUAGGAGACAAACUCCCAAGCAGCACAAACUCUUCCUGCUUGGGGGUGGCGCCAUCAAGGCGUAGUGGUUUGGGGGUUGCUAGUGUCCUGGACAGAACCUGCUCAGUAGAGGGGUUCUUGUGGCCCCCCCCCAGGACACUCAGCAAUUCAGGAUUCUCCUAAUGCCAGCGGUCCAUCCUGCAGCAGGAGUCAGCCCCCUACAGCAAGUGUGCAGCUGAAAUGGUAUUUGCAGGAAAGUGGAGCCUUGUUCUCGAGGGAUUAGUGGUGCCAUGAGGGUGCUAGACAUUCUCAGCAGGCGGGCGGUGUGCCGGAGAAUGCUGGCCAGGUCAGCAGCCCCGCCCUCCACACCCCUGCCGGCUGGCCGGUGACCUGUCCCCUGCUGUGGAGGACAUGGGCAAAACCAGACUUUCCUGGUUGGGGCUUGGAGAUAGGGAGGCUCAGCCCAGCCAGUGAUUGGCCAGCAGGAAAGCCCAGGGCGCCUUGAGCAUGCUGAACUGAAGCCGGAAGUGAAGUCUGCAAAGACUGGAAUGUAUCGGGGAGCACAGGGAGCUUGUAGGGGUAACAGGGACCCUGGAGCCCAUGGAAAUCUGGAAAAGGAAAUUCAGACUCUGCAGACAUUCCUGUGACAUCAAGGUCUCAUUGGCAUCUGGCUCUUGAAAGGAGUACCCUCAACCUACCUUGGCUUCCAGCCCCCCAAACCCAGAAAGCAUGCCCCAGGCUCUUUGCUGAAGCCUCAAGGGGAAACCUGGCCCACUCGUACCCAGAUCCUAGGGGGCCUGAGGACCAGAACAUUUGUGGGCUCAUCUUGGGGAGUAGAUGAAGGGUGGAAGGUGUGGAGGGGGGGGGUACCCUGGUCUGAUAAGGUUUAGGAUGCCAGGGGUCAAGAAAUCUCCCAGGAUGUGAACUUAUUUUGGGUACAGCCCUGCCUUGGUUUGGGAGCCUCACAGGGCACAUCCCUCCUGGGACACAGCUGUUUCAAGUGGAGGCCUCUGGAACAUUUCUGAAUAAAGACCUUAAAACCCGCGACCAAGCUGGUGUGCUUGCUUGGCUCGGCAAACUCACUAAGGACUGUAACUUGGGCCUUUAUCUCCAGGGUACAGUCCCCAGGAUUCUUUGUCAAUGUGCAUUUAACUUUGGCUUUGCCUCUAGCCAACCUGAGCAGAAGAUACAUGACCAGGGUCCCUUACACUCCGGGCCACUUGGGGGCCCCAUAGGUUUCUAAUGUUCUACCAAACCCAUGUUAAAGUCAAAGAUUUUUUUCUAUGGGGGAGCCGAGCCCCUCCAUCCCACAUUGCUGAAAAGCCAAGGGCCCCCUUUUAAAUAAAGUCAAACCCACA